UGAAGGGAAGUUGUAGGAGAAGAGAAGUCUGUGAAGGAUACAGGUGAAAUUAUUUUCUUAGCCUCGCCAGAAGAAAGGACUUGCUUUUCCUACGGCAGUUCCCAUCGAGGCAUUUCGGAACAAGAACGGAUGUGCUGUUGAAUCAUCUGUACAAGUUUACCGACAUCUUGGAAGAAAUCCUGCUAUAGUAACUAGCAUUCUUGGGUAGCUAGCUAAGUAGUUAUUUAUUAACUUCCAUCCGCGUAUGGGUGUAAGUCAUCACGAUCCUGACGUUAUUUGGGUACUCCUAUUUUUGUUUCAACGCCUUGGUGUGAUGUUCAAUGCGUUUGCGUGCCAACGAGAGCCGAUAGCGUGACAUUACUGAGCUCGCACUGUCUAGCCAGCCAGAAGAUGCUGUCAAGCUGAUUCCGAAAUGAAGUUCGACCGUGAGGCGCAUUGGAGACUGAACGGAUGCCAUAAAGCUUGAAGCAAUGAAGUUUAUGAGUUCCAGGGGUGCUUUCACCGUGGGGUUUCUGGUAGGGACAUGCACGCUGUACGUUAUCCUUCAACAGGUGUGGUAUGAACGCAAGGCAUCCAUAUCCACGCGUCAGCCGGAGGAGCGCAAUUGGCUGAAGAAUCGGUCGGCACUUUUUAACCUCAACCACCCGCAUCAUAAAGGAGAGGAUGGUGCGAUCGCGGACUCGCUCUACAAGCGGGUGCGCGUGCUGUGCUGGGUGAUGACCGGCCCGGCCAACCUGCAGAAGAAGACGCGGCACGUGAAGAACACGUGGAGCCGCCACUGCAACAUCCUGCUCUUCAUGAGCUCCGUGGACGACCCCGACUUCCCCACGGUGGGUCUGGGCACCAAGGAGGGCCGCGACCAGCUCUACUGGAAGACCAUCAAGGCCUUCCACUACGUGCUGGAGAAGCACGGCAACGAGGCGGACUGGUUCUACAAGGCGGACGACGACACGUACGUCGUGGUGGACAACCUGCGCUGGCUGCUGGCCAGUCACUCGCCGGACGACCCCAUCUACUUCGGCCGCCGCUUCAAGCCCUACGUGAAGCAAGGCUACAUGAGCGGAGGCGCCGGGUACGUCCUGAGCAGGGAGGCGCUGAGGCGGUUCGUGGAGGGCUUUCGCACUAAGGUGUGCACGCACACGUCCUCGGUUGAGGACCUGGCGCUGGGCCAGUGCAUGGAGAAGAUGGGGGUGGUGGCGGGGGACUCGCGGGACACGAUGCACAGAGAGACCUUCCACCCCUUUGUGCCCGACCAGCACCUUACCGGCAAGUUCCCCAAGAGCUUCUGGUACUGGAACUACUGCUAUUACCCAAUCGUAGAGGGUCCUCAAUGCUGCUCAGACCUAGCUGUGUCCUUCCACUACGUAGACGGUGGCAUGAUGUACCUAUUGGAGUACUACACAUACCACCUUCGGGCAUACGGCUACCGCUACCGCUACCUUCCCCCGCCGCCCAAAGAGUACCCUGCCCUGCCCCAGGCAGAAGCAGACCAAAAAGCAGCGCUCCUCAACGCCGCCAUGGCCGGAGGGAACGCUUGAAAAGAUUUGCCUUAAACAGAACUAGAGAGGUUCAUGUUCAACGCAACACGACUCCAGUGUUGUUGAAUAGACUUAUUUUAUACUUGCAUAAUAACAGACUGUAAGGGACUGAAUGUGAACCAUCUGAUCAUUCUUCCAGCACAUUUUUGUUUUCUUUUUAUUCUUCCUCAUGGAAUUGAAUGACUGAAGGAUUGAGGGCUGUGUGGUUUUCACGUCUGGUUGUAAUUAUGUGAAGAGGUAAGCUGCACAUGAAAAUCAUUUUCAUACCCGUUAAUUAUGAUGAAUGUGACUUGGGGGUGGGGGUUGGGGAUUAAAGGAACAGUCCACCGUUUUUUUAAUAUACAUAAGCUCAUUUUACACCUCUCCUCGAUUUUAAAUAAUUGAGUCUUAAAUUGAGUUAUAAUAAUUGAGUUUAAAUAAUUGAGUCUUUCUCCUGUUCUUCCAGCCAUUCACUGGUGAGUCUGGCAGUGUUUGUUGGAAGUGCCAACUUGUCUCAUUCAAUUCAGUGACACAUGCUAAGAACACAUGCUAAGAAGUCAAAGAAUUACAGAUUUUCAUUUUGGUAACUUAGACAAAUCAUGCCACGUGUCAACAAUGCAACAAAGUGGGAUGAAGUCCGCUAUCCUAAAUGGGAGUGAUUUUCCCAUUAAACUCCAUUCAUUCACAUUUUUAAUUCAGAAUUAAUGAUUCCGAAUUCAAUAGUUCCGUCGAGUUUACUUUGGUCUUUGCUUUAAUUCCGAAUGGUUAAGUGUUUACAUGACGUUUUCAAAGCGGAAUUAAGCUUUAUUCAGAAUUAGAAGGAGUUCAUUCUGAAUUAAAUGUCUCAUGUAAACGUAGCAAUUGAUUCCGGAAGAAACUCCCUAUGAGCGUCUCUACCUUAUCAGUAGUCUCUGGUAAUAUCACCAGAAUCUGAGAGGCUGGAAGGUAAUGCUCAAUUAUUUAACUCAAGGGAAGGUGUAAAAUGUUUCCAAAAAUGAUGGACGGUGCCGAUCACUUGGCUGAGGUAGACCAUUUUUAUGGUUAAAAAAAAAAAAAAGAUUUGCCACUUCCAUUAUGAGUUCUACCUAUGUCAAGGAAAGAGAUUUUAAUUGUGUCUUAGCUUGCACGCAGCAUUGCACUAUACUAAUGUUGUAUGCAAGCCUUUUGUGGAGCUGAAAAGGGAUGGGGGAAAAACAGAAAUCGUGACUAUGAAAGAUAUUUUACAUUGUGAAUAAAAUUCCUUCUCCAGCCCACCAACA